AGAGUCGUGAAAGACUAACCAAGCGUGUGACGACGAUGAAGCGGACUUCUCCGCGUAAAACUCAUUCGGCACUACAAACUUCGUACAUUCAGCAAUACAGCGCGCGUGGAAGCCGCGCAACAAGUGGUGAAAAAUUGGUUUUCUUUCUGUUGUAAUUAGAGUGUUUAUUAAUUUUCUUACAAGUUUCUGUGAUAUUUUGAGACAGUUGUGGGGUUCAGUGGAAUUCUUUCCCCGAAUUUAUUGGAGUAUUCUGAAAGACUGAAAAAAAAAAAAAACAUUGAACAAUGACAGUGGCAGUGGAGUCGACAAAAGCGGAGGAGGGCCAGGGAAAAAUGAGGAUCGAAACUUUCGACGAUAUUUUACCCCACGUUGGGGAAGCUGGACUUUAUCAAUUAAUUUUGUUCCUCAUUCUUCUGCCCUUCACCUUUGUCUAUGCGUUCCUCUACUUCACACAGUUCUUCCUGACACUAGUACCGAAUGAGCACUGGUGCACGGUUCCGGAGCUCAGCGGAUGGAACCUUACAGAUAGUGAAAAAAUUGCAUUAUCAAUUCCAUUAGCAAAUGCAGUGGAAAUGCAAACGGAGGGUGCUACCGCAUUCUCAAGAUGUCAAAUGUACGACGUCAACUUCACAGAAGUCAUGCUAUCGGGAAUAAAGGUGCCCGAUCUUUCUUGGGGUGUCAAACCCUGCUCAAACGGAUGGAGCUUCAAUUUUACGGCGAUACCAUACGCGUCCAUCGCCGCUGAGUUGGAGUGGGUUUGUGACAAAACUUAUCUCUCCUCAGCUGCGCAAUCCGCCUUCUUCGUCGGGAGUAUCAUCGGUGGAUUCAUCUUCGGAUACAUAGCUGAUCAUUACGGGAGAAUUCCCGCCCUCGUGUCGUGCAAUGCGGUUGGUUUUUUUGCGUCAGUCGCUACCGCAUUCUGCAACAGCUUCUGGAGUUUCUGUCUUGCCAGGUUGAUCGUUGGAACUUCGUUUGAUAAUUGUUUUAAUAUUCUGUUUAUUAUUACAAUCGAAUACGUGGGUCCAAAAUACCGUACCCUAGUAGCAAACAUGUCCUUCGGCAUAUACUUCGCGAUAGCAGCGAGUGUUCUCCCUUGGUUAGCCUACUGGAUAGCCGAUUGGAGAGUAUUGAGUGUCGUGACAGCAGCACCUCUAGUCGUCGCCUUCCUCGGCCCCUGGAUAGCCCCAGAAAGUGCUCGAUGGUAUCUAAUGGCCGGAAAAACUGACAAAGCCAUCGAGAUGCUGAAGAAAUUCGCCAAAGUCAAUGGAAAGACUGUGAAACCCGAGAUUUACGAAGAAUUUGAGAAGAGCUGCAAGGAAAUGAUCGAGAAGGACAAGAAACUCAAUAAGUACACUGUACUGGAUCUCUUUACGUUGCCGAGGCUCGCUAGAAUCACGGUUGUCCUCGUUAUUUACUGGCUGUUAAUCAUUCUGGUGUUCGAUGGCCAUGUCUGGAACAUGAAACUCCUUCAUCCGGAUGUCUUCACAUCGUUUUCACUCGCUGCACUCACAGAACUCCCUGCUGCCCUCUUGCUGGCAUUGUUUCUUGAUAAAUGGGGACGAAGGUGGAUGGGUUUUGCUUCCAUGUUUAUGUGUGGCGUGUUUUCAUGGAUUGCUUUGGCCACCCCUGAAGGUACUGUAACCGUCGCCAUGGCAAUUCUUGCUCGUCUCGGUGUCAAUGUAGCUGCAAAUAUUGGCUUUCAGUACGCCGCUGAGAUGCUACCCACCGUUGUCAGGGCUCAGGGUGUAUCGCUUAUCCACAUUAUUGGCUACUUCGCUCACAUAAUUGGACCCUACAUCAUUUACUUGGCCGACGUUCAAAAAGAGUUACCCCUGAUCUCUCUGGGACUCGUAGCAAUGGUCGUCGCAUUUCUGACAUUAACUCUACCAGAAACACUAGAUCAAGACCUCCCUGAAACACUGCAGGAGGGUAACGACUUCGGGAGGGAACAAAACUUCUGGUGGAUACCCUGCAGAUCCUCCUCCCACGAAAGAAGGAAAAAGUAUAGGAAGAAAAUAGGCUCAGUCAACGCGGGAUUCAACCCUGGGAGUCUCACGAAAAUCGAUUCAACGAGAUUAUAACAAAUUCCACAGAAAUCUAGUUCAAUGACAAAUUUAUAACAAAAUGAAGAACAAUUUCCAUUCGUGUCAGUGACAAAAAGCAACAAAACAUUUUUAAAAAAUGUUUAAAAACUGAAGAAAUGAUAAAUUUAGCUAAAUACAAAACGGAAGGAAUUGCAAAAAGUCAAUCUACAGUACAAAUUGUAAAUUAAACUAACGAAUUUUAUCAGUGACAAAUUCAAUUAAACGAAUGAAUUUUUCCGCAGUCAAACUUGAAUUGACAAAUAGCGCUAGCUCGCCAUAAAUUAACGAUUGAAUUACUGUAAAUAGAUUCUACCAGCGAUAUAAGAGUGAAUUUAUUGCAGAAUUUAUUCGAAGACAAUGAUAAAUCGAGGAAUUCUCGAAAGAAUUAUCGCUCGAAAGGUAGAUAAACUCAUUACUUUACACUCGCAACAUUAUUUUCUCUUCGUAAUUCAGGUAGAAUCAUUCAUGUACUUACGAACGUCAAUCAAAUUAGAAAUAUGAUGAAUCGAAUAACGGAAAUAGAAGGCAGAAGCGCUAAUUUGAUGAAUGAGAUAAAAUCGUGGAUUUCUGGAUUAUUUCGAUCUUAUAUUGAAGCAUCAUUCUAUCAUUAAUGUAAUUAACGUUGUAUAAACAAUUUUAUGACACUGUUCAGUAUUUUAAAUGAUUUGUGGUGUACAACAUGUUUUAAAUUUCAAUUACAGGUAACAUGAAAGAAAAUAAAUUGUACGAAAUAUUGAAUUUGAA